AUGGCUACCUUUGAUGAUAACUGGCAGUCGAAACGCCCAACUAUCAGCGAGAGAAUCAAAUUUAUUUUCAAGAACGAAUUGUUAAGCGACGUUAAGUUCGUAGUUCCUGCGUCGCUGAACGAAAGUGAAAGCCGGAAGAGUCAGAAGAGCAUUCCAGCCCACAAGUUUGUUCUUGCGAUCAGCAGUCCUGUGUUCUUUGCUAUGUUCUAUGGUGAAAUGGCGGAGACUGCAGGCACUGUUCAACUGCCUGACUGUGAUUAUGAGAGUCUGUUAGAGUUGUUCCGUUACUUGUACUGCGAUGAUGUGAAGCUAAGCGGAAGUAAUGUGAUGCAGGUUUUAUAUUUGGCAAAGAAAUACAUGGUACUCUCACUGGCUGAUAAAUGCACUGAAUAUCUCCGGAAACAUUUAGAAGCGUCGAAUGUGUUCUCCGUUCUGCCGCAAGCUCAGAAAUUUGAGGAUAAAGAUUUAGAAAGUCGGUGCUGGGAAGUAAUUGAAUCACACACUGAGGAAGCUCUAACAUCUGAUGAAUUUCUUACGGUUGAGCGAUCAGUUGUUGAGUCUGUCGUGAAAAGGGGUAUAUUGAAAGUAAAAGAAGUGGAUUUGUUCAAAGCUGUGGAUCGCUGGGCCACUAAAGAACUAGAAAGGCAAGGGAAGACUCCUGUUAGGAAGAUCAAAAGAAAGAUUCUUGGAGAGGAGAUUGUAAAAGCAAUACGUUUUUCAUUGAUACCAGAGAAGGAGUUUGCUUCAGUUGUUUUGGAUUGUGACAUUCUCUCUGAAACAGAGAUUUGUGACAUGAUUAAGCACUACAAUGACGUAGAUUUAAAAUCUCCUCUUGCAUUCGUCCAUUCCCCAAGAACUUUGCAUCGAUGUUGCAGAUUUGCAAAAAUAACAAACAAAGACCACAUCCUUUGCGGUUAUUACGAUCGUACUGAUGCUCUUAAACUAACUGUCAACAAACCUGUCAGGUUACAUGGAGUACAGCAUUUUAGCAGUGCAGUUGAGAACUUUAUUGUUUCCUUAGAAGUGAAAGAUGCAAUAACUGGCUUUUCUCUUGCACAAAAAUCAGGAUCAUACUUUUCAGUAAAAGAUGACACACACACAUUUUAUGGCUUUGAUGUUAAGUUUGAUAACCCAGUUUGUCUUGAGAUAAACAGAACAUAUGAGAUUAUCUCUAAUAUAGAGGGCCCUGAGUCCCUUUGGUUUGGAGAAGGUGGAGAAAAAUCUGUGGACUCUCAAGAAAUCCUAUUUUCAUUUAGCAAUUCAGCGGCUUCCGGCGGUGAGACUAAUCUAUCUAGUGGCCAGUUUCCUUCAUUUCUUUUCAGUACAAUGUAG